AGUUUGCUGCGCGGGUUCCGCCGCGCCAAAAUAGUUUGAUGAACCUGUCGCGGAGCCUCCUGCGCCCGUCCCCGGCCGGCGGCCAGCACGGACUCCUCCACCUGGUAGACUCCUGCCGUGCCGCCGCCCACCUGCCCACCCUCCGCGCCGUGCACGCACGCCUACUGCUCCUCCAGCACCUCCCCUCCUCCGCCGUCGCCCGCGUCAAGCUCAUCCAGGCCUACGCCGCCUGCUCCGCGCUCCCCGCCGCCCGCGCCGUGCUCACCUCCUCCCCCGAUCGCACCACCGUCUUCUUCAACGUCCUCCUCCGCGCGCUCACGGCCGCAUCCCUCCACCGCGAGGCCCUCCUCCUCUUCGCCUCUAUGCGGUUGCAGGGCCCCUCCUGCUCCCCCGACCACUACACCUACCCGCUCGCUCUCAAGUCCUGCGCAGCGUCUGGUAGCCUUCGUCUCGGUGUCCAGAUCCAUGCAUCCAUUGCCAGGCUCGGUCUCGACGCGAAUCUCUUCGUGGCGCACUCGGUGAUCAGCAUGUAUGCACGGUGCGGCCGUCCGAACGAUGCCUACCAGGUGUUCGAUGAAAUGCAGCACCGGGAUGUCGUCUCUUGGAACGCCAUGAUCUCUGGGUUCGCUCACGCAGGCUUGUUUCAGAGGGCCGUGGUAAUUUUCAGGGAGUUUGUGGGGCUGCAGUGUACACAGCCUGAUGCUGGGACCAUGGCAAGCGUCCUUCCCGCCAUGGGUAAUGCCAAGGCAGAGGACAUCACAUUUGUGAGGGAGGUGUUUGAUAAGAUGCGGUUCAGAGGACUUAUUUCUUGGAAUGCUAUGCUGUCUAUAUAUGCUAUCAAUGGACUGCAUGUUAAGGCUGUGGAGCUGUUCGUGAGGAUGGAGAAGGAUUGGGUUGAGCCAGAUAGGAUGACAUUAGCAACUGUUCUUCCUUGUUGCGGACAGGUCUCAGCAUUUUCACUGGGGAAACAUAUCCAUGAAAUUAUCAAGAGGAAAAGAAUGUGCCCCAAUAUGUUGCUGGAAAAUGCCCUAAUGGACAUGUACGCCAACUGUGGAUGCUUGAAGGAUGCCAGGGAGGUAUUUGAUGCCAUGAGUUUGCGGGAUGUAGUAUCAUGGACUUCGAUCAUUUCUGCAUACGGUGUGCGUGGUCAUGGGACGGAAGCCAUCAAUCUGUUUGAGAACAUGCUAGGACAGGGUCUGGAACCGGAUUCUAUUGCCUUUGUUGCUGUUCUUGCAGCGUGUAGCCAUGCCGGCUUCUUGGAUGUUGGAAAGCGUUAUUUUGAUUGCAUGACUAGUAGAUAUCAGAUAACCCCCAAAGCUGAGCACUAUACAUGUAUGGUGGAUCUUCUCGGACGUGCUGGGUGUAUAAGCGAGGCAUAUGAUUUCAUUUUGGCGAUGCCUAUCAAGCCAAAUGAAAGAGUCUGGGGAGCCUUAUUAGGAGCUUGUCGGAUUCACUCCAAUAUGGACAUUGGGUUGUUAGCAGCAGACAGUUUGUUCAGAAUGGUGCCCGAUCAGACGGGAUACUAUGUGCUAUUAUCGAAUAUUUAUGCUAGGGCUGGACGAUGGGCAGAUGUUACCUCGGUGAGAAGUGUCAUGGCAAGCAAAGGUAUCAAGAAAUUGCCUGGUGCUAGCAAUGUUGAGAUAGGAGAUCAGGUUCACACAUUUCAUGUUGGUGAUAGAUCUCAUCCACAAUCAGAAAUGAUCUACAAAAAGUUGGAAGAGUUGUUAGGAAGGAUCAGGGGAAUGGGUUAUAACCCAGGAGUCGAGGGUACACUUCAUGAUGUUGAAGAGGAAGAGAAGGAGGGCCAUCUUUCAGUGCACAGUGAAAAAUUGGCUAUUGCGUUUGUUCUUAUAAACACUAGUCCAGGGACACCCAUUAGAAUAACAAUGAAUCUCAGAACGUGUAGUGAUUGCCAUCAUGCUGCAAAACUCAUUUCAGCUAUCACAGAUAGAGAGAUUAUCCUUAAAGACAUCAACAGGUUCCACCAUAUAGUACAAGGAGUGUGCUCAUGUGGGGACUAUUGGUAACCAAGUAUAAGAUUAUCACAUAGUGCAUUCUUAACAUCAAGUUGGUCUGAUUGAUGAGGGAAGACCUUAGUAAGAAGAUUGGCAACUUGUGUGAUUUCUGGGUUGACUGAGAUGGUAAUUGCAUGUGCAACAUUUCGUUCAUAAAUGCAGCAUCCAUGUGCUACUCUGCAUUACCAGAGUCAAAAAGAAAAUACGAAGACUCAUCCAGGGAGUGAGCAUCUAAUUUUCUGAUUUGAUUAUUGGUUCAGUAAAAGCAACAACUAGAAAGUGUUGUUGUUUUCAAGACCCAUGCAAUGCAAGCUACUCCCUCGGUUCCAAAAUAGAUGACU